UCUCUCUUUCCCUCGCUCUUUCUUUCUGGCUCUUUCUUGGACACCAGUGACAGGGCAGGACACAGAGGUAGACUUUCAUUUCCAGCCUGCACACACACAGUGAAACAGUAGACAUCCCCCCCUAUGCAUUUUUAACAGCUCAGCAGGUGAUGGGAACAGUUAGGUCAGGACUCUUUGUUCACAGAUAAGCUUGGCAAGUGAUCAGGGGAGCUUAUGAUCCACGACCACGCUCCCAUUACCUUUACCAAGCAUGUGACAGAACGAGCCUGAGAGCUUCAUUGGUGGACACGCCAGGAUGCCUGGAGCUGGCGGGGUCAACGAGGAGGGUUCCUGCAAGGCCUUGUGUCGAAACCUGGUGUCCCAGAAGGAUCUGCAGAGAGAGCCAGCUGACAUUUCACAGUCUGUCCUCUACACCUCCCUGAUGGGACUGCUGCUGGUGGCUGACAAUGAGAAAGAGCAGCUGGCUUUAGGGAGUGGAAGGACUGGUCUUAGGAAUAUUGGUAACACAUGUUUCCUGAAUGCAAUAGUCCAGUGUUUGUCCCAUACUGGCAGCCUGCGGGACUACUGUCUCCUUAAGUCCUUCAGACAUGAAAAGUUUUCCAAAGAGGAGGCAAGGCUUACAGAAGCUUUCUCUCAGGUAUUGUCUGGCCUUUGGGACGCAAAAGAAGUGGACACGGUUGUAAAUCCAAGACAGUUUUACAAUAUUUUCAAAGAUGCCGUGCCUUACUUCAGUGGCUAUAGUCAACAGGAUGCUCAGGAGUUUCUCAGGUUUCUUUUGGACAAGCUGCAUACUGAAAUCAACCGCAAGCCCAACAUUAGACGGACCCCGAAGGACCCUGAUCAAAAAUAUGCCAGAUUUAGGAUUUCUGAAGAAGCAGCUGCUACGUGGAAGAAACACUUAGAGAGAGAAGACAGCAGGAUAGUCGAUCUGUUCUCGGGUCAGUUGCGGAGCUCGCUGCACUGCUCUGUCUGCUCCCACUACUCCAACACGUUUGAUGUCUUCUGCGACCUGUCGCUGCCCAUCCCCAAGCCGUGCUCUGCUGGAGAGGUGACACUGAAGGAGUGUCUGGACCUCUUUUCUCAAGAGGAGCGACUGGACAAGGAUAAUUCACCUAUGUGCGAGAGGUGUAACAGGCACACCGAGAGCACUAAGCGUCUGUCCAUCCAGAGGUUUCCCCAUGUUAUUGUGAUCCAUCUGAAUCGUUUCGCUACAUCACGGUGGUCCAUCAGUAAAAGCACCGUCUGCGUGUCCUUUCCACUCACCCGCCUAGAUCUCGGGCCUUACGGACCUGUGGAUUGCGGUCCAGUUCUGUAUGAUUUAUAUGCAAUAUGUAACCACGUGGGGACUGUAAACAUUGGUCACUACACAGCCUGCUGUUCAGAUGAGAAUGGAUGGAGUUACUAUAAUGACUCUAGUGUGACACCAGUUUCUGAGAACCAGCUUCAGACCAAUCAAGCUUAUGUGUUAUUCUACCAACUCAGUAACAACUCUGCUCCUAAAAGGCAUUGAGACUUCAGACUGGCUGAGGAAGACAGCCAAUCAGAGAAACUUUACCUCCAGUGACCAUAGAAACAAACACAGUGCAGCCAUGCUGGGAUUUAUGAACUUUUUUUAUUCCCAUGGAAGUGCAGCACAAAUAAUGUGCAACACUAUCGUGCUCUUUUAAGAGCAAAAUGUCUGCUAUGAAAGAGCUAAUAAGGAGAACGGCUCAGGUGCACGGUUGCCUUUAUUUUCGCCUUGUUCUCAAAAUGUUUUGAAGCAAAGCUCUUAAGCUAUUUGAUUGGCAGGAUUCAUUGGUGAUCUUCCCAACCAUCUCAUCUCCAUAUCCUGAUGUUGUAAAACAAUUAUUAAAUAGUUCUUGUUUAUGUGUUAAA